CAGCAUCAAGUGUUUGUCGGAGGAUGAAGUCAUCUUGAUGAAUAGUAGCCCCGCGCAAGCUUGGCGUUCUCCUUUAAUACCAUGUACAUUCGCAUCGCCAUACAUGAGACAUCAGAAAUACAUCUGGAAGCAGUGUUUGGCGGCUACAUGCAGCGGUAGCAGAUGAGUCCUCUGUUUGUUUUCUCGCUCUCGUUCAUGUUGAGUACGAGCUUCGAGUUUGACCUUCGACGUUCAACGUCUGACAUUGUGCGGGUUUGGUUUUGUGUGGGCGGUGCCUCAACAUGUUACAGAGAUGCGCUUAUUCAGAAGACCGGGGUUCCCAUUGGACGUGGAGGCUUCUCCAGUCUUCUCUCUCAGCCCCUGAACCCUCCCGUUCCGGUCUUAACUACAGAGCACCCCUGACACCAGCACCAGCCCUGGUCAUCUUGGAACUGUUUCUGGAGCCCCUCGGUUUCCAGUUUCGUCAGCAGUGUCG